AUGUGUCAUCAAAAAAAAAAUCGAGGUGAAGAUGGAGAUCAAGAUGCAAUGGAAACGGAAAAUGGAACUACUGAAACGAUUAGAAGUCAUUUUAUGGCUAAUAAAAGUUGUCGAUUAACUGAUGAUUCAUAUCAUUUACAAAAGAAUGGUUAUGAAGAAAUACAUGUACCUGCUUUGAAACCAUCAGUACUUGAUCCUGAAGAGGUAAAUUUCAAAUAGUUUUAUUGUAUCUUUUUCUUAAACAAAAAACAUUUUGCUGGUGAAAAUUUUAGUAUAAGAGAAAUAUGAAUGUUGGAGAGUAGAGAUGUAUAAGGCAGAAUAAGAGCAUAAAAAGUUUUCGUAGUCAAAAGUACUUUAAUCCGAGAUAGCGAAAACUU